UGUGCUACAAAAAGAUGGCUGCACUUACUGAUUUCCAAGAAAUUAAACUGUUAUUGUCUGAAGAAGGUUCAAUAAAACUUGAAAAUGCUGGAGCCAUAUUCAAGACAAUUGAUGAUUUUAUUUCUACAACAUUGAAGUCACUAUCGGAUAGAAAGUUUACCUGUGAUUCAUCUCUGGUAGAAGUCCUAGAAUUAAUCUUCACUUCGUUUAUUGCUCGUGAACCAUUAAAUGAAGGAGUGUUGUGUUUAACCAACUGCUUUAGACUAUGUCGAAACCUACUAGCAAUAGAUCCCAGCUGUCAAGCAGAGUUCCUCACCUCAACUUUGCUUCAACAGACUUGCUCAGUAUUAUAUAAAGUCCUGAACAAGCAACAGAGGUCUGAAAAUGAAAUAGUUCUGUUGAGAUGUUCAGUUCAGUUUCUGGGCAACUUUUGCUCUGGUAAUAAAGCCAACACUUAUGAAGUUUGGAAACAUUGCCGUCAACUGUUUAGGGACCUUUUGAAGGCAGAGGACAACAAACUACAGGAGUAUGUUCUGCUUGUGGUUAACCUGAUACUGUCUUGUCCAACCAUAGAUAAAGACAUUCUGACAUGUAGACAGAAUGGCCCAGAGCCUAUGGAUGAAGGCUUGAAAAAAAGCCCAACUCAUGUGGAAUGUAGCCCCCUCCACGGAAACGGAGACCCAACCAAAGUUUCAACUGAUCAAACCCUUAGAGGGGAAAUUGGUCCAGCUCCAGCGCUGGAAAAUGAGGCAGAGACUGUAUGGAGCUUACUGAAAGAUUGUCUUAACAUCACAGCUGACACACAGUCAGAAAAUGGUCUGCUGGUAGUGGAGGCCUGUCUCACACUGCCUGACUGCCUGGGCAAUGUCUUUCCAAAUCUCUCCCUCAAAACAAGACUUUUAGCGUUGGAGGUGUCUCUCAGCAUUUUGGGUCGCUUGUCUGACGGUUCCCCAGGUGGAGGAGGAGGGGGUGCGGACCCCCCUGCCCAUCAACCCCCACACAUUUCAAACCUGCUCUUCCUGGCUGCUGAUUUUGUUCACCAACACAGCCUCAUACCAGAGCUUGCAUCAACUCAUUCAGCCGAAGAUAAGGUGCUGUGUAUCGUAAAGGAACUUGAGUGUCUAUGCUUGGCCACAGCACUUCACCAAAUGUACGCCACCCUUCAGGAUAAUGACCAGCUUCUGACUACAGCAAUAAAGCUGCUUAGUGACAUUGAAGAUCUGGGCUCCCAGGAGGGUGGGGUAUUUUCUCCCGUGGACAAGAUAUCCCGGGGGUCAGAGGUUAAUACAGACCACCCUGUAUACGGACUCAAGCGGGACUUGAUACAACUGGUAGCCAAUCUUGUGUACAGAAAUACACACAACCAAAAUAUGGUUCGAGAGCUGGACGCGAUUCCUCUUAUUUUAAACAAGACCACCAUCGAUGCCCGAAAUCCCUUCAUAUGCCAGUGGGCGGUGUUUGCAGCCCAUAAUUUGACUGAGGGGAACGAGGAGAACCGGGCGUACAUCCGAGCCCUGCGUCUUGAGGGCAUGGCCAAUAAUCAGGCUCUACUGGAUGAGAUGGGUCUAUCUGCGGAAAUGAAGGGGGACAGGGUGGUUGUGAAGAAAGCAAAGACAAAUUGAACUUGGGUGGUGUUGUACAUUUCAAAGAAGGGGAGUUAGGUUAACUUAACAUUGUUUUGAGGGGGUGGGUAAUGUGCCCUUUUUCUCCUGUAACACCCUGUACCUAUUUGCAACACCCUGCCCUGUUUAUGCCUAAAAUGCCCAACACUAAAUGGUGAUGUAAGGGUACAAAAAUUGGACUAGAGUGGUCUUGUCAAUUUCAAAGAAGGGGAAUUAGGAUGAUUAUAAAUGAUGAACAUAACAUUUAAGAGGGAAGCUAAGUGUGGUUGUAAAGAAAAAAAUAAUUUAAAACUUUUAGUAUGUUUGAUUGCAAAGAAUGUGGGGGUAUCUAGUUUGUAAUUAUCAAAGAAAGAAUGGCUCAUUCCAAAUAAUAGGGGUCCAAGUUGAACUCAAGAAGCAGACAAAAAAGUUAUGGAAAUGUACUACAACGAUGUCGUUAAUUUCAUUGUUAACUUUCUGAAUAAUGUAUAUCAAUUUACGGGCACACAUUUGAAAAAAGAUCAAACAGUGGAAGCCCUUUGCUGGACAAAGGUAUCGCAAGGGGAUAAAAGGCUUGGAUUUAGCACAUGUAUAAACAUUGAAUUCUUAUACAAAACAUGAUGAUGAUUUGUGGUUGUGAUGAAUAUGUUAUUUGUUAUUUUGUUUAAAUAAAUAUAAUGUA